AUGAAGACGAUCUUGCGUUUGUUGACGACGAAGGUAUUUCCGAGAGUGAAUCCUCAUGUGCCAUUUGAAGAGGUGGGCAUCCUGAGUCGGUUGGUGACAGACUUGGGUGAGGACGCACCGAGUCCAGUGGGUACGAUCCGCGUGCGCUGUGACCAGGCCGCCGCCUUCAUGGCCGCGUCGUGGAAGCACUGGGGACAGAGUCGACCGCCAGAACGUUUCCGUUGGCAAUACGUGGUUCGCACACAGGGCCGGACCUGGGUCUCCCCGGUGGCCGCCUUCGCCAUGGACAAGGGGUCUCCAGUGCGGAUCGUCUGGCAGGCGGCCGAUGAAAGAAGAGGGGGAGGCGGAGAAGGCAACGGAGGGGCGGAACACGCUAGUGGUGGUGGUGUCAGUGCUGGUGGUGUCAGUGCCACUGGCAGUACCGACUUAUCGUUUGAGUGUCCGUUGUACGACCUGUGUUCGGAUGUGGUGGUAGAGUUUUACUACCGUAUUGCGCCUCCGGAGGUCGGUGAGGAGCGUGCAGUGACGGAAAUCAUUUUCGGUACUCGUCACGACCGCGCGAACAGCGGCAGCGGCGAUCUGAGGAGAAGCGCAGACUUUUUGUCGCGCACCGGUUACGAUUUGAGUCGAAGCGGCGACUUGCUCCCCGAUGCCCAGGGCGAAGCGAGUGAGACGGAAAUUUCGACAGACUGGAGGCUAUACGGCCAUGUUAUCGUUCCAAUUCCCAGUGUGAUGGCUUACAGCAAGCGGAAGCAAAGGCAACAAAAGCGGCGAUCCGACCUGCGCCGGCGGAGCGACCCGAGGGGCGGUGCGGAGAUGCAUGCACAGAGCACGGACUUCCGGUGGAAGGCCUCUGAGGGCAGUCCGUCUACCUUGCGGCGUCGGAUACGCCUGGACACCGGCGACAAGGACCUCUUUUCGCCUAACCCUUCUUCACCGAGUUAUAUGGUCGUCGAAGAUAACAACGAAGAUAACGGCGAAGAUAACGAUAAGAGAACAGUCCGGCGCUACGGUGAACGGAGACUCGAAAAGUCGAGAUACAACCUCGCCGGCUGGCUGCACGUCUACCCUGUCGGACAACAACGCGACGAACACAAAUACCCCAGACCAAUGGCCGGCUACCCUGGAGUUGGCAUGCUCAGCCCGAAAUUCUCCCUCGGCUGUGUCCGCAUCGCCGUUCAACUGAAACUACGCUACAAAGGGUACAUGCUCGCCUAUAUGUGCAACCAAAACAAACCUGCUUCCAUCUGGACCUUGCCCACCACGCUCGAUGUGCAGGCUUUUGAGACCUCCGGCUCGAGACUGCACUGGGCAUCCACCCAACUGCCCCUCUGGAUCCACUGCCUCAUGCCCUACAAGCACGUAUACAGACAUCUGUACAAAUCCGUAUACAUAAAGCUGUAUGAUUUUGUGUGCGCACGCGUGUCCAAAUUUAACAAAAACGCAGAAAGCCGGAGAUCCCAGGUUGAGGACGAGAAUGAUGAGGAAGACGUGGUGCUCCAAGGCAUGUCAAGCUACAUUCAGGUCCUCUUUCCCGUGGUGAGCUGGGUUUCUAUCUGGUUGGUUACCUCACUAAUGCCAGUUGCGCUGCUGCCAGUCAGUAUUUUUUCGGUAAUGAUCCUACUGUCCAUGCCGUACUGGUCGUUACGGGACAUCCGCGCGACUGGUUGUCAGUUUCGGUCGGUGCAUCCGGAAAAGUCACGGCGCAAGUACACCGGAGAGAAGAAGCGCGUAUGUCCUGAAAACUGGAUUCCGCACGCGAUAGGUAUUCGGAGCAGCCGUAACAAGAACGUUUCGAGGUGGAUGAAUGACUACGCACUGUCCCUACGGUGUCCGCGAGAACUAGUUUCGGAACAGUUCAAACAAGAGGGGUACAAUAUUGCAGCGUUGUGUGAGCCAGCUGCGGCAAGUCCCCCCACGGGAGCGGCGGCCUCGGCCAUUGCCAGCCUGGGUGGCCUGGGCGGCGCAGGUAGUAACCAGGCAUCACAGGAGCCACCACAGUCUGGGGCAAAUGCCGUGAUGUACCCCUCGCUGAUUUACCCAGGAAACCCUUUCUACGAGAGUUCGAUUGGAUCCAUCUUCGGGCGAAUGGAUGUGAGUGUAUACGACCCAACAAAUAAUGAGCGAGUGUUUCCCGUGUUUAGUGACGACUGUCCACCAGUGGACGUCUUUAAGAUGCGCCAUCUGGCCAUAGUUGUGCUGGAAGCGGUGCAGUUCAUGUUCGCCAUUAAUGCGUGUUUCAUUGAGAAGAUACAGUUGGCUCUCAACUGGACAGAUCCCCUGCUGUCGCGACUGACGUACAUUGUCAUCGGCGUUCUUGCAGUGCAGGCAACCAUUACUAUUUGGCUGCUGUCGCUACUUCCUGCGUGGGUGUUGCGAACGAUGUUUAUUUUCGCGCCCCUUUUCAGCUUGCUGUUGCUGCUGGAUUCUCGCUUCAUCAAGGACUACAAGCUGCAUCGUAAGCUCGACCAGGUUCUCCUGAACGUGUCUGACGCGAUGGUCGGAUCGCACAUGGUCGGACGUGUGUGCGUGGAUGCCUGGGACCUCAUGUACAGCUCCGGGCUUAUGUCCUGGCCGGAACGCACCAAACGGAUAAUCGAACUCAAUGAAAAGGCUAUCAACCGAGGCAAGUCCGGCCGAGUCACGGCCGGGUCGCAAAAGGCCAACCCCUGUCCGCCGUCUCGCAUGGGCUUAAGCAAACUGGGAGGCACCAAGUCCGUCCCAGCACCGGCUACGACCGCUGAGCAGAACCCCGGCACCGGGAAAACGGACUGGCUCGACACUUUCUUGGGCGCUACGCCAAAAAGAAGAGAAGAGUUCAACGCCAAAUUCAGCGACGCCUUCCACCAGGCCAGACGCUGGCUACCCCAAAUAGCAAGCCAAGGGUCUUCUGGAGAGGCGGAAGGUCGCAGCGACGACCCGCUACGCCGUCCUUCACAAUCUGAGGCGGAAGCCCUUCGCGGGGCAGAGUCACGAGCAGCAGACGACAGUCGACCAGCAGACAUACGAGCAGCUGACGUAAGAGGGACCGACCGGCCCGUCGAAUCCGGUUCCCUGGCCGGUGGUCCCGCUGGCAGUUCCCUGAUUGGUUGUUCGCCCAAGAUAACUCGAGCCUCUGUCAACGCUCGGCUCCAGAGUGGGGAGACGCAAGCCCCGGUGAGCAGACUGCGACAAAUUUGCGGCGCUAUUUUCCGCUACACCCUCGGUUUCGAGUUGAAGUUUAUCAUCUACUGGUUGUGCCGCCUGCCGGACCGGCGCGAAAUCGAGCACCGACAAAUCUGUGCCACGCAAUGGCUAUCAGAAGACAUGGACGACCUUCUGCCGCCCAGCGCGAUAGAGUCAUUCGAUGUGUAUGUUGAGAAUCUGUAUUCGCGUAUCAAAAACAGCACCUUCCUGUGGGAGCGCACACUUGAGUCGGAAUCUUCGAAUGGCCGCAUAGACCGGCGGUGA